AUGCUGUUCCGCCAGUUCUGCGCCGUUUUGGCCGCUGCAGCACUGUCUGGCGCUGCCCCAGCUCCCGUCAAACAUGUUUUGCACGAAAAAAGAGAGGAAAGGUCAUUAGACUGGGUGAAGGGUGAUCGAGUUGAAAGUAAUGCGAUAUUGCCCGUGCGCAUUGGAUUGACCCAGAAUAAUCUAGAAAAGGGAUAUGAUUAUUUGAUGGAUGUAUCAAAUCCCGAAUCCUCGAAAUAUGGGAAGUAUUGGUCUGCCGAUGAAGUGCAUGACAUGUUUGCGCCUUCAAGCCAGACAGUCGAAGAUGUCCGCGAAUGGCUCCACUCUGUGGGAAUCGAUCCAUCUCGGGUUGUUCAUUCAGACAACAAGGGUUGGAUCGCAUUCGACGCCUAUGCUCAUGAGGCCGAGAGGCUGUUUAUGACGGAAUUCUACGAGCACAAGCAUACUGCGAGCCAGAGCAUGAAGAUUGGAUGCGACGAGUAUCAUGUUCCGGGCCAUAUUCAAGGACACAUUGACUACAUAACCCCUGGUGUCAAAUUGACCCCCGUCAUGAGGAAACACAAGAAGGCCAAACGCGCCUCUCACCUUGCCCACAGCGACCCCAUUCUGGAAGGGGUCUCGUUUGAAGAAGCAAAAUACUCGAUUCCUGCUAAAGCCAUGUCCCUUUCUGCGGAUUUACAAGGAUGUGGGUAUAAUAUGACACCAACCUGCAUCAAGGCUCUAUACGGAAUCCCGAAAGCCACCAAGGCUUCCAAGAAAAACUCGCUAGGUCUUUAUGAACAGGGCGACUAUUUUGCGAAAUCAGAUUUGGACUUGUUCUUCAAGGCUCACGCUCCUUGGGUCCCCCAGGGUACAUACCCCAUCCCUGCUUUGAUCGAUGGAGCCAAUUUCUCUGUGCCUUCCUACAGCUCUCUCAACACCGGGGAGUCGAACAUUGACAUUGACUUGGCUUAUUCAUUGAUCUAUCCCCAAUCUGUGACUCUUUAUCAGGUGGAUGAUCAACUCUAUGAGCCGGAGGAAGUUGCGACUACCAAUCUUUUUAACACCUUCCUUGAUGCUCUCGAUGGGUCAUAUUGUACGUAUAGCGCGUAUGGAGAGACUGGAAACAACCCAGACAUCGAUCCUGUCUAUCCCGACAAUCGGGAAGGAGGCUACAAGGGAAAACUCCAAUGCGGUGUCUACAAGCCAACGAACGUCAUCAGCGCCUCAUACGGUCAAUCCGAAGCGGAUCUCCCUAUCAGCUACACCAAAAGGCAAUGUAACGAGUUCAUGAAACUCGGUCUCCAGGGCCACUCCAUCCUAUUCGCAUCUGGAGAUUACGGCGUCGCAUCAUUCGCAGGAGAUGGUGGUGCCAACGGCUGCUUGGGUCCCGAACAAAAGGUUUUCAACCCACAAUACCCAUCCAACUGUCCCUAUUCGGGGGGGACCAUGAUAUAUCCGGAUCAAACAGUUGAAGAUGCCGAGAGUGUAAUGCACGCCAAUCUCGGGGGCACAGCGACUAAUUUCAGUAGCUCCGGCGGGUUCUCGAAUUACUUCCCCCAGCCUCAUUACCAGAAGGCCACCGUCAAGAAAUACUUUGAAAAGGCUGAUCUGUCCUACCCAUAUUACUCAGAGUUCAGCGUUGAUGUCAACACAACCAAGGGUCUCUACAACAGGAUCGGCCGUGCCUACCCGGAUGUUUCUGCGAAUGGCGCUCGCUUCCCAGCAUAUACCGGUGGGAAAGCUCUUCAUUAUUACGGGGCGAGUUUGGCUUCGCCAUUGUUUGCCUCAGUUUUGAAUCUGAUCAACGAGGAGCGUAUUGCGAAGGGCAAAGGCCCUGUUGGGUUCAUUAAUCCUGUGCUUUAUGCGCACCCCGAGAUUCUUAAUGACAUUACCAAUGGUACAAAUGCUGGUUGUGGUACAUAUGGCUUUAGUGCCAUCGAGGGAUGGGAUCCGGCCACUGGCCUGGGUACGCCCAACUACCCGAAGAUGAAGAAGUUCUUUUUGUCUCUGCCAUAA